GAGAGCGAGUGAUGGGAUAGACAGGACAGUGAAAGACAGAGAAAGAGGGAGGGAGAGAGAAGUGAGAGUGACAUAUGGACAGGGGGGGAUGGCAGUGAACGUCCACCUCCACUGUUUGAGAGCGUCUUCCUUCAAAGGAGCAACUUUCCAGCAAUUACAAACAUGUACAUUUUCAGCGUCUUUUAGGCUCAUUUUGACUUUAUUCAUCUUUUUUUAAAAAUUCAUAAUUAAAUAUGAUGUUUAAAGGGAUUCACCUGAGCGCGAGGAGAGCUUCGAGGGGCGUCAGACAGUUUGGCUUCAGUUCUGUCCUCAGAAACUGACAGACAGACGCUGACAGGAGCUGCAGUUGAGUACGAGCGACCUAAAGGAGGAGGGAGAAGACGUCAAACACCAAGCAGAUACAACAUGUGCUUUCACAGAUCACUUGAACUGUGAUGGAUUUUGCAUGACGGACAGACAGACGAGCCACGCUGGAUUUCAUCAUGUAUCAACUCUUUGAUAUCAAUCCAAUCUUCAAUGACCUGGGACGUUUUGAAUCUUAAAAAGGAUUUUGACUCACAUCCUCAAAAUACACACAGACGGACAGAUAGACGGACAGACUCAUUAAAAGCUUCCACUGGAGACCUAUUCAAAAUCCAGAAUUUGCCACUCAGGAUGUACUGUAAGAAAAACACAGACAUCCAGUUCACGUCAAAGCGCUACAGCCACCUCUGCUGCACGGAGGAGCCGGAGACGAAAGCACAGAAGUAGCCGUUCAUUCAAGCCUGCAAAACGUUUGUUUAGCCGAAUGUUACUGAGUGAAUAAAUGCAGCCUCUCAUUUACUCUACAGUUACAGUUGCACAACAGCCAUCAGAUGUGUGAAUAAUAGCUAGCGACUUUAUAACAAUGUGGUUUUUGGUCAGGCGUUACUGAUUCUGACUCAGGGGUUUGAGGACAGAGGGUGUCAUAUGCUUCAGAGUGUGUUACAAAGCUUUACAAAGCCUUGAGGCAGAUUUGCAAUAAAAAUAAAACUAGUCCAAGUAUAGCUGAAGCUCCAUCCAAUACACAGAUAAUCUGGACAUAGAGAUUGCACGCUGAGCUUGGCAACAAUAAGAGCAAACCUACAUUUUAUGUGGGGUAGCAAAGCAAAAGUAUUGCAAAUUCUGCAGGAAAGUAGAACAAAGGAAGCGAAAAUAAAGGCUUCUAAGUCACCUUUAAGGAAAAGACUCACGCUUGGCUAGGAGAGGUUUAAAGCACUCAGUAUGAGAAGCUGCAGGUGGUAGACAUGAACACAUCACUGACCUUCAAACUCUUAUAAAAACAUCACAGGGAAGAGAAGCACAUGCUGAGCAGCUGAGAGGAACAAGAGCUUGACAGCGACAGUUUCCUCCAGAGACUUCCCCACUAUGAUGGAGAAACUGAACCCCACAGGCCCACCUGCCUCACCUCACGACCUACCUCGCCCGUCUUCCUCCUCACCAUCCUGUGCGUCCGUGGAGCCACACAGUCCCCUACAGAACAAGAGUUUAGCAGCCUUGGAUGCUAUCAGCAGCCCACUUCCUCUUAAUAAGACAGGGCACAAGGGACACACGGACAUCCUCACUGCCAGCUCAAUUCAGUCCCCCAUCACCCCGACGACCGCACUGACCAAUCGUCGGGCGGAUACAGCUGUUGCACCUGAGCCCGUCGUCAUGGAGAUGGAGAAGAAAGAGGAGGACACACUGGGGAUGCCAAAGAGCACCACCACCCCUGCUGCUUCAGCCAAUGGGUCUCCAACUCUUUCCUCUCCACCUCCGCUGCUCCCAGCACCGGCCAAGACGUCCCCGUGUCCUCUCCCCCCUCCAGCCUCCACCGCAUCCCUCCCUUCAUCCUCAUCAUCCUCUCCCCUUCCUCCGCACAUCCCAGUCAUCAGCCUCGGCCACAGCAAGCCUCCUCUCCCGCUGCCGAACACUCCUCUGACCGCUCUCCACCCGAUUCCUAACCUCCUGCACGGGCCUCACAGGGACAUUAGCCGCAGCCAGCUGACCUGCUUACCUGUGGUUGGCCCCAGAGCUCCUGGAUCUUCUGGUGGCCCCUCGGCUGCUUCUCCUGGACAACUGCUGCCUCAACAGUUCCUUCCUGCACAUCCUUUCUUCACAAGUUCUUACCUGGGUCCAUCAGGGGGAAGCUAUGAUGUCAUCAACACCAGUCGGAUCAAGAGGAGACCCUCAUCACACUUUGAGAUGGAAAUCAAUGAAUCAGGCCCUCCUCAGAAACUCGCCCGUCGUGUCUUCACCAAUAGUCGUGAGCGCUGGCGACAACAGAACGUGAAUGGGGCUUUUUCCGAGCUCAGAAAACUGAUUCCCACGCACCCGCCUGACAAGAAACUCAGCAAGAAUGAGAUCCUUCGUCUGGCUGUGAAGUACAUCAACUUCCUGGUCACUCUGCUCAACGACCAGGCCCAGGACAAGAGCAGGGACUCAGCGGAAGAGGACACUGAGGACGACAGCACUUCAGCUGGGUUGGAUGGCAACAAAUUGAAGCCACUUUUCCAGCGCGACACUCCCCCUUCGGCCCACUCUGCGCUGCCCGCAUCAGCCCGUCCCACCAUGGCAUUGGCCCGCAGAGACAGAGACUCGACCGACUCAGUCAUCGCCCUGGCUAAUUCUCCAGCCACGUCCAGUUGCUAUGGAGACACGGACAGCGAGGAAAGCUAUGGAGCUAAGACCUCAUUGGUGACCCAUGGCAUUCUGGAAAAGGUCAAAGGUCAGAUAAGGAUGGUGGCAGCCACAAAUGAUGAGCGGUGACGCCAAAAGACGGCACACAAAAAGGUGUGCAGCCGCUGGGAGUUUAAAUAUCACACUGAUGGACAGGAUCCACAACAUUACAAAAGUGUCUGAGGAGCCAGUGUGGUUGUGCCUUCGGUCGUCCAGAGCUCCAAGAUCAACUCCCAAGUCGCGUGAAUAAAUAAGACGGAUUUUUGGUGGAAUUUUGCAGUUUUAACAGUCUCUGUGUCUUUUCCAGUAAUGUGCAAACAUUGAGUGUGAGGUUGUGUGCUUUAUUAAAACACCAAACUGUGCUUUGGGGCAGUCUGAGGAAUGACACUUUACAAAAUAUGCAAACCAAUGUCUGUGUUUUACAUCCAAAUAAGCUCACAAGGAUCUUUUAUUUUAAAACAAAAAAAACAGGUUCCAAAGGUCAAAUUUGAUCAUCUCUGGAUGUAUUUUUAUAGCUUUAAACUGUUUCUGUGUGUCCAAAAAAAAAAACAACUAAUAAUCCAACAAAUUCAAGGUCUUCAAUUUGUCCACUUCAAAUAAAUGAAAAAUCUGUUAUUUUGUUCCAGUCUAAAUGGGUUCGAAGUUUACAUGUAAAUAAUCAGCGUUGCCUCAGUACAGUUGUGGUGAGUGCCACAUGCUUUACUGUGCCUGCAGAAAAAUACAUGGCAUGAAUUCAUGAUCUGAAGUUGCCGUUUUCAAUAUCCCUGCUGUUCUUUUCUGUCAGAGAAGCAGGGCCUAUGGUCCCACCCUGACAUUGUGACACACUUGUACCAGACAGAAAUAAAGUGUUUUAGUUUGCUGUUCCUUA